AUGCGCGUAACUAUCAGUACCUUCUGGCUCAGUUACAGCUCAUUGGUACAUAUCAGCCAUGGAGUUGCCGUACCCCGGGCUCAAGGAACAUGGGAGGAGCUCCCGUCGACGCCAAUCUUGCCACGCCAGGAAAACACUGUAGUUGGAAUUAAUUCCACCUCACUCGCCGUCCUGGGUGGCAUUGUGACCAACGGCACGCAAGUGCUCAGCUCGGCUCUGGCCUCUAUCUACCACGCCCCAACCAACCAAUGGCAACAAAUCGCGGAUUUGCCCAUCCCACUGAAUCAUCCGAAUGCGGCCGCGAUUGAUGGGAAGAUCUACCUGCUAGGUGGCCUGGCCGAUAUUGAUGGAAUCUGGAAAGGCGUACCUAACGCUUGGGUCUGGGAUCCAGAGACUGAUACCUGGAACGACCUUGAGCCGUUCCCGACCGGCACUGAGCGUGGUAGCGCCGCGGUUGCUGUGGUGGGCGACACGAUCUACCUCGCUGGUGGACAACGCUCCCUCGCGUUGGUUCCUGGCGGACUGCACGACACGGUGGACACGGUGUCAGCAUUUGACACAUUGUCAGGCAAAUGGACACUACUGCCAAACUUGGCGUUACCGGAGCCGCGAGAUCACGCCGGUGCCGCCGUGGUGGGGUCGAAACUAUUUGUCACAGGAGGUCGGCACCUGCGCGAAGGCCUGAUUGUAAGCGGCAAGGUCUACUCGGUUGAUUUUGCUGCCGGGGAUCCUCGAUGGACGCUAGAGGAGGAACGAAUGCCCACGGCGAGGGGCGGACACAUGGCUGCUGCAAUCGGAGACCAAGUGUAUACAUUUGGUGGCGAGGGCUCUGGCGAAUCGGACUCAGGGGUCUUUGACGAGGUUGAGGUGCUUGACACCACGACGGGCAUUUGGAGUCGGAUGGAGCCAAUGAGGCUGCCCCGGCAUGGGACAUAUGCUGUCGCCGUCAACGGGGCCAUUUACAUACCUGGCGGUGGCUUGCAGCAGGGCGCUGGGGCGGCGACGGAUGGCUUUGAUGUGUUUAGACCUUGA